GCGAGGCCAUGUCUGUCGGCGAGCUCUACAGCCAGUACACAAGGGUCUGGAUCCCUGACCCAGAUGAAGUGUGGCGCUCAGCUGAAUUAACAAAGGACUACAAAGAGGGAGAGAAGAGCCUGCAGCUUAAACUGGAAGAUGAGACUAUUCGAGAAUACACAGUUGAUGUCCAAAGCAACCAGCUGCCCUUCUUGCGGAAUCCAGAUAUCUUGGUAGGAGAAAAUGACCUCACUGCCCUAAGCUAUCUCCAUGAGCCUGCAGUUUUGCAUAACCUGAAGGUCCGUUUUCUGGAGUCCAACCAUAUCUACACUUACUGUGGUAUUGUGCUUGUGGCCAUUAGCCCGUAUGAACAGUUGCCAAUCUAUGGACAAGAUGUCAUCUAUGCCUACAGUGGUCAAAACAUGGGUGAUAUGGACCCCCACAUCUUUGCUGUGGCAGAAGAAGCCUACAAGCAGAUGGCCAGAGAUGAGAAGAACCAGUCCAUCAUUGUCAGUGGAGAGUCUGGAGCUGGGAAGACGGUGUCAGCCAAGUAUGCUAUGCGCUAUUUUGCUACAGUCGGUGGCUCAGCCAGUGAAACCAACAUUGAAGAGAAGGUCCUGGCAUCCAGUCCCAUCAUGGAGGCCAUUGGGAACGCCAAGACCACUCGCAAUGACAAUAGCAGUCGCUUUGGAAAGUACAUUCAGAUUGGCUUUGAUAAAAGGUACCACAUCAUUGGGGCCAACAUGAGGACCUACUUGCUUGAGAAGUCCAGGGUGGUCUUUCAGGCAGACGAUGAGAGGAAUUACCACAUCUUCUACCAGCUCUGUGCCGCUGCCAGCCUCCCCGAAUUUAAAGAGCUUGCACUGACAUGUGCAGAGGACUUUUUCUAUACAUCACAAGGAGGUGAUACAUCCAUUGAGGGUGUUGAUGAUGCAGAGGACUUUGAGAAGACUCGACAAGCCCUCACUCUCCUUGGCGUGCGAGAGUCCCAUCAGAUAAGCAUUUUUAAGAUAAUUGCUUCCAUCUUGCACCUUGGAAGUGUGGAGAUUCGGGCCGAGCGUGAUGGGGAUUCCUGUAGCAUAUCACCCCAGGAUGAACACCUGAGCAACUUCUGUCGCCUGCUUGGGGUGGAACACAGUCAGAUGGAGCAUUGGCUGUGCCAUCGCAAGCUGGUCACAACCUCCGAGACCUACGUCAAGACUAUGUCCCUGCAGCAGGUGGUCAAUGCACGCAAUGCCCUGGCCAAGCACAUCUAUGCCCAGCUGUUCUGUUGGAUUGUGGAGCACAUCAACAAGGCCCUGCACACUUCCCUCAAGCAACACUCCUUUAUUGGGGUGCUAGACAUCUACGGGUUUGAGACUUUUGAGAUAAACAGCUUUGAGCAGUUCUGUAUCAACUAUGCCAAUGAAAAGCUCCAGCAGCAAUUCAACUCGCAUGUGUUCAAACUACAGCAAGAAGAAUACAUGAAGGAGCAGAUCCCAUGGACCCUGAUUGACUUUUACGAUAACCAACCUUGUAUUGACCUCAUAGAAGCAAAGCUGGGUAUCUUGGACCUGCUGGAUGAAGAGUGCAAGGUGCCCAAAGGAACUGACCAGAACUGGGCCCAGAAACUGUACGACUGACACUCCAGCAGCCAGCACUUCCAGAAACCCCGCAUGUCCAACACAGCCUUCAUUGUCAUCCACUUUGCAGAUAAGGUGGAGUACCUAUCAGAUGGAUUUCUGGAGAAAAAUAGGGACACCGUAUAUGAAGAACAGAUCAACAUCCUGAAGGCCAGCAAGAAAUGAGCAAGGCCACAUUCUAACAGGCCCUGAGUGAACAGAUAAAGAAACCUGAAGGCAAAGGAGACCAAGGAAGAGUCUUCAGCCAGAGAGGCCUGAAUAACUUCCAGGGAGAAGACAUCUGUGGAGGGUCUGCAGCUGACAAGCGUGGGCACUGCGAUCUCAAGACUGGAGACAGAGCUGCCACCAGCUUCAGCCCUUCUGAGGAAUCUAGGAAAGGACUUGGCAGGAUUCAGGAGGCUUUCUCCCAGACUGUAUGCCUCCAAACUCCCUGCAGGGCGCUGAUAACUCUGGAGAAUGCCAGAUUAAUUUCUUUUUGUGAUAAACCUGAGAUGAAUGCAAUAGGGUGAGAUGGUAGAAUGGAGAAAAAUAAAGCUAGCCAAAGGUCCCAAGGACUUAAAGCUGCAUAAGCCCUGCUAUAUCAUAUGGACCAAGGUGGGCUUUAGGGUGAGUCUGUGUUGGUGACAGCGGGUGUCCACUGCCCAUCGUCAUACCUGGAUAUCUGGAAUAUCAGGGAACUAAUCACAGAGACGGUUGGCUUAAGGUAAAUGUGAAUAUUGUUUGGAGGUUCAUUGUCAGAUUAGUGUCCCUGCUCCCCAGCUUUCCAGAUCUCCAGUCUAUGGUAGCUCACAAGAUUCUUCACAAGGAUUAGGGGAGGGGAAGAGAGACGAACCUCUAGCCACAGAAGAAGAGAAGAUGCUGAGGUGGUUUGAGCACCAUCCUCAUCUCGUGUGUCCUGGAACGGUGAGAGUCUUGUGACCUGCAGGAGUCUCACAGUGGCCUUCAAGCGUGGGAACUUCUUGCUGUCUUGAUAAAAUUUCCUCUUCUGGGGAGAGAAUAAAUGAUGAGUAAGGGAAAGAGAGUUGGUACUUGUUAAACACAGGGAUUAGUUUUGCCCCUGUUGAUAUGAGUGUCUUAAUUUGAGGAUUCAGGGAUAUCAGAACUGAAAAGACCCCUGCUGAUAAAACUCUUGCAGAGCAAGUUUAUGAGUAGUUAACAACUUCACUGAGUGUUUAUGGUAUGGUAAUCAAUACAAAGUCAACUUCUGGGGUUGUAGUGGAAAAGACUUAGUUAGUAAAUACGUAGUAAAUGCAAAAUAAUGUGUAUGACCACAAUAUACAUGUUGUAGAAGGUUCUAUGGAGAAAAUUAAAGGUUUCUGGGGGUCCCCAAGAUCACCCUCAGAUGCAGAAGUUUCUAGCAGGACUCAAGGGACUGGGAAUGUAGCCAUACUUCGGACGAUGGUGUUUUCCAGUGAAAAGGAUACAAAGCAGAUCCAACAAAAGACAGGUGCUUAGGGGAGUGGGAAGGAGACCAGGCACGUCCUCUCCCAGUGGACUCAGCAGACGAGCUAACCUCCCCAAGGAAGCAAGCAAGCAGGACAAUACUUGCAAAUGUUUUCUAGGGGUCAGUUACAUGAGCACCCUUGACCUAGCAUGAGCCAAACGGCCAGAUUCCCAGGAGGAAAGUAGGCAUUCAACAUGAAACAGUAUGAAACCGUAUUGUUCACCCAAUCAGUUUUAGGCACAGCGACCCAUUCUCAUCAGGGAGUUCUGAAAACCCACCCCAAGUCCAACUUCCCAGAAAUUAGCCAAAGGUUGAUCUUCCUAAGACUAGCAGUCCUGCUCUUUUCUGCAUGGAAUUGUUUAAAUUGUGCAUACUGCAUGUUUUAAAUUAGAAAUGAAAUAUAAUCAAAAAAGUCAAAUAGUCUAGAAAUACAUACAAGUCUUCUGUCCUAGCCCGUCACCCUUCUGAUGAAUGCCUCGUCUGCAUAUGAAGCAGGUUGGUACGCCUUUUCACGAGUGAGACGGUUACAGAUGUACACCGAGUCCCUUCCGAUUACAUUGGCCAUUGUACCCUGGCCCUCUUUCCACACGAGCACACAUCUUUUACUCCUUUCUUAAAUAACUGCGGGUAGCUUGUGAUUUCAGAGACGCCAUAGCUGCCCUUUUUGCACACCUUUGCUUGUACCAUUACAUCUGUUAGGUAGAACUGUAGAUGUGGAAUAAGGGUUCAGUGAGUGUUUACAACAGUUAAUAGAUGUUACUGAAUUGGAAGGCAAAAUAGGUCUGUGCUGUGCUCUUAGAAGAUAACAGACUCACUUCUUUCUCUCCACCACCCUAGAAUUCUAGCUUUCCCUUCAGUGGGUCAUAUGUCUCCCAAGCCAAUGACUAUGUCACCACCCCCAUUCUUCCCAUAGACCUACAUAAGUCAUCUGCAGGUGCAGCUGCGGACCAGAGAGUGUGACUGCGUGCUUUGAGGCACAUGGGCCUGUCUGGUGCAUCUGUGACUAUACAUUUUUACAGGUCCUUGUUUUCUGGGCUGCUCUCAUUUUCUUUCAGGUUUUUCUCUUCACAGCAGUCCUCUAAGGCUUAGGUUGCUAACUCCAAGUCAAAGAGAAAAAUAAAUACCUAUGCUAUCAAUUUUAAAAUGUAAUGUCCAUUUUUAUCAGUUUUUAUCUCCAAGUAUUCUCAAAUCCUUAUAUAAAUGCAUAAUUUUAAACUACUUUGAUUUUAUGGGAAACUAUUAGCUCUUCUGCUUUGUAUGGCAUAUCUGAUAAAAAUUAUUAACUUGUCAUGAAUAAUUAACUAGUAUGAAACCAAAGGCUUCCCCUGACCUGCCACCCUCAGGCAUGUUUGUAGAACUCUCACCAAGAGCAUUGAGAUAAAUCUGUGGUAAUGAGAAUGUAAUUAGGAAAGCCUGUGCAGCAAGCAAAGAGGUUAGAAUGGAGCUAAUUGUUUUCUCAGAUAUCACAAGGGCUAAAAAUAGGAACCUCAGUAAAAGAAUGCUUCUUUAAGACAUGACAUUAACACAUUCAUUUGUUUCUAAUAUUAAAUCAUGGCAAGUUUUCCAUCGUCCUAUCAUUUGCUUACUAUAAAAGGAUUUUUGUUGUUGUGGAUAAAACAUUAAAG